CCCAAAUACUUAAUAAUUCUCCCCACCACCCAUUUCAUUCCCCCCCUCCCAUCUCAUUCUUUCCUUUGCUAACAAUCCUAAGCCUCUCUCUCUCUCUCUCUCUCUCUCUCUCUCUCAUAGAUCACAGAAGGUAGGGUAGCCUCUUGUGGUGGAAGCUAAGAAAGCAUGAGCAUGGGUCAAGAAGAUACAUGCGGCACCAACCUUGUUCUCGGGUUGAGCUACGAUUCUCACAGUGGUCAUGGCCAUGGAGAGACAAUCGUGAAAUUGGAAAGAUCAUCAGCAAAUAUGAUUUCUCUCGAGCCCUCUCUCACCCUCGGCCUCUCAAGUGACACGCAUGGGUCGACCAUGGCGAAGGUGGAUGGAAGCAAGGCAUGGAUGGAAGAAGGUAGCAGACUGGCCCGCCAAUCCUCUCCUCAGAGCACUGUCUCAAUGUUCUCCCACACAAAAACGAAGAGAGAAAACAGCAUGAAGAGUGAUGAGACCGAGAGGGUCUCAUCUCGGGUAAGUGAUGAAGAAGAAGAAGGUAAUGCUCGGAAGAAGCUUAGGCUUACCAAGGAGCAGUCUGCCCUUUUGGAGGACAAGUUUAAGGAGCAAAGUACCCUUAAUCCGAAAGAGAAGCAAAACUUGGCCAAUCAAUUGAAUCUACAGCCCCGGCAAGUGGAGGUGUGGUUUCAGAAUAGGAGAGCAAGGACUAAGCUCAAGCAGACCGAAGUCGACCGCGAGACACUGAAGAGGUGCUGCGAAUCACUGAGCGAUGAGAACCGGAGGCUGCAGAAGGAAUUGAAUGAGCUAAGAGCACUGAAGAUUGCAUCACCUCUGUGCAUGCAAUUCCCGGCGGCCGCGGCGGCCGCGGCCCUCACGAUGUGCCCAUCAUGCAAGAGGAUCACCACAGGCAGCGAGGGCUCGAAAGGUGGCGGUUUUGUGGUGGCGCCCAGGGCUCACUUCUUCAAUCCCUUCACCCAUUCUGCAGCAUGCUAAUUGACAAGGGACUCUUGACAGCCGUGAUCACCACCCACUUUUUUUAAACUAGGGCUUGGGAGUGAUCUUUGUCAUUUUUAUAUGUUGUGCAAUUCUCUGCUUGUUACCUCUCUCUCUUCGCUCUCACCUAGCUUUGUUUUGGGAUCAUUAGUACAUGGUCAGAAGGUGUAAAAAGAAAUAAGUCCAUAUUCUUGUGAUUUAGAAGAUUUAGGUUUUAAUACCCAUAUAUAAUCCCAGUUGUGAAUUUCUGCCUUUUCUUCUUGUGAUUAAAUGAUGCAUAUAUAUAACAUCAUCUUUUGAUGAUUAAUAGCA